AUGCUGGCAGCCUUGAAUGUGAACUUUGACCGCCCCGAGAGUACCCUUCAGCACCGUUGUUUGUUCCCUGGGUCGGUUCAACCCGAUGCCGCCACUAAAUCAAUGCCACCGGCAGUCCGACACCGUAGAGGAUUGAGCCUCGAUCAGGGACUAGCGAGGAGUCGACAAAAGGUUCUCAGUCCCAGAUAUGAUCGUUUUGAGCCACUCCAAUGGCAGGACUUUACCGUGGAGCUCGCUGGGGGAGCAACACAUCGUCCCAACACCCCAAGCCAACAAACCGGCUCAGACUCGCCUCCUUUGACACCGUCAUCGUCUCCAUACUGGAAGCCGGCACGUGUUCCACGCGCAUGCAAGACUGCCCAGUCCUCGCCGGUAAAACAACAUGCAGUCGCGCCUCGUAAUUUGGUCGCGAUGGAACGAGUAAAAUCUCUAUCUCUACAGGGGAUAUCGAGUAGCUUCUUAUCGCGGGAAACCCUUGCACCGCUUUCCAACACGAAUUCCCUUCAGCCACCAGAUACUUUCGAUCUGCAAAGCCCAAAGUUAAGCGACGAUGUUUUCUCAGAGUUUACCUUUAAUUCGCCGGAUAAUUUUGAAACUGCAUCGGUAUCUUCUCCCAUUUCACCCAGUAUGCCGUCAUUCUUGUCAUUAUCCAGCAUAAUCGGUGAUAGAAGCAACCCCGCUACGGCCAAUAAGGCAGCUAAAGUUCCGAUAGCGCCUGCAGCUCCACUAAAUUCUGCUUCACAACGGACAACAAGUCGCUCUUCCUCGCCCGCAAAGGCACUGUUAUCGCCUCGUGCUCUGUCUAUUGCGGAUCUCAACCUUGAUGCCAGUAUAGAUGCCUCGAUUGAAGAAACCGGCAUCACUCUAGAAGAUAUCGCGGCACAUAUCGAAGGACCCGAUCCGAUCGACAACAAGUGGAUAUGCACGUACGAAGGCUGCAACAAGCGCUUUGGGAGAAAAGAAAACAUCAAAUCCCACGUCCAAACUCAUCUUGGAGAUCGCCAAUUCAAAUGCAAUCAUUGCAAUAAAUGCUUUGUUCGUGGUCAUGAUCUCAAGCGCCAUUCCAAAAUUCACACCGGGGUCAAACCCUAUCCUUGUGAGUGUGGCAAUAGCUUUGCGCGACACGACGCUUUGACCCGGCAUAAACAGCGGGGAAUGUGCAGCGGCGCAUUCGCAGGUGCGGUUCGCAAGCCUUUGAGGCGAGGAAGGCCGAAAAAGAGGCCAGAUGCCGACGAGAGACGGGAAAAGGCCACAAAGACCCGCGAGUGGGCGAAGAGGGGCCACACACGCACGCUAUCCGAAUCUUCCUGUGCUUCUUUUAUCUCUUCUGCAAGCGAAUGCGCCGACUCUGCGAGUGUUCGGGAAGGAAGUCCAUCAAAGGACUUACCGUUCAUGCCAAACAAUACGUUCGGUCUACACCCAGAUACGUUUUCAUUUACUCCACCCGCGUCGCCUAGCCAUAGCACCGGGAAUAUGCCAUCACCUGCUCGAAGUUAUCACUCCCUAGCUUUGGAUCCGGAACUCAACCCAUUGUACCUCUCACCAAGCAAAAGGCCUUUGGACGAUAUCCCUGAAGAGAUUCCCGAUAUCCCAUUGCUCGCUCUUGACUCACCGCUGCCAGUCAAAACUGAAGUAGGCACCGAAUCCCCGGCUAGGAUUCUUUGGCCAACAACGAUAGGGUCGGAUGGUAUAAACAAGACGGAUAAUCCAAAUUUGGACGAUGUGUUUAUUAGCCAUGCAAGUGAAGCCACGAUGCGCCAUGACCAACUUCCCGCUCUUGACCCAUCAACAACCGAUAUUUCGGAGCCAAACUCGUCUCAGUACGACGAUGAAUAUUUCCUAAGCCAUGGAGACGCGGAUGGAUCCGAUUUACUUAACACUCAUUUGUUUCCGGUAUCUUUUUCUCCCGAAACCGAAGCCUUUUUUGACCGGUUCACCAUCAAAAACGGAGCUUAG